AUCCUGUUACAUACAAAUAUUCACAAGUCGUAAAAUAGUCGAUACGGAUGUAAAUUGUAUUAGACUCUGACUUUUUUUGUUUUGGUUUUUAUCUGUAUGCACCUUGCUAAACAAAACACAGUUGAUAACUUCUUGAUUCAUCGCGCAGCGAAGGUAUCACAAAUUAGGCCUCUGUUAAAAUGGUGCUCGUGCAUGCCGUCGUAAUUGUCACAGUAAUGAGCUUAGCCAAAUCUCAGAUCUGCACAAACACAUCGUGGGCAAUAAGCUUUGAUCACCGUGGACAGUCCACUUGCCGCGAGCUUGACAAAUACAUCAACGGGUUCCUCAGAGGUAAUUUGAGGGGAAGAAAUGACCCUAUCACUAAUUUGGAACAAGUUCAGUGCUGCAGUGCUUCAGAGCCGUGGCCGAAGGUAGAGCGACAAGUCGUUUACGCCGACUGGACAUACCAGUUAGAUGACAAUUUCCGAUGGGCCUUUUGUCCUGUAGGAUACUUUCUUCACGGUCUGUACCGGUCUAGCGCUAGCAGUCCAGGGUACCUUAAUACUAUUGAAAGUGCCAGAUGCGCUAAGCCAGCUAGCCAUCCGAUAACUUAUGGAAGCUGUCAAAACGUAGACACAUCGAGCUGCAUGAGUAGACAAGGAACAUGCUCAUGUCCACGUGGUUUCUUUGUGACAGGCAUCUACCGCGCUGACGACGACGAUCUGUACAACUUAAAGAAAAUGAAAUGUUGCGAGCCAGUGGACAAACCUGAUGAGAUAAACUCUCUAAGUAAAAUACAAACACGAAUUAUGGACACGACUCUGUGGAACUUGGCCAACCUGGCAUAUUAUCUAGGUUACGAGUGGAGCUACGGGUGCAGGGCGCUGAACGUUGGUGAAGAUUUUUACAAAGAUGGUUUUACGUGGGUGGCUGAAACCAAAAUUUUUCAUCAUGGUUCCUGUAACGGAUAUAAUCGCUACAAUAGACUAAAAUUAGUAUUUGAUCAUUGGGGGCUAAGUGUAAAAGAAAUAAAAUAUGGACCAAAAGUCACAGAAAGCCUUCAACCAGAAAGUUUCGACUCUGGGAUUAUUCGUAAUACAGCUUCAUCGUCUAUUACUGAGUCCAUCGAAAGAACCCGUACCGUCCAAGACACAAUAACGCACAUUGCUACAACUUCUUUUACCACCAGUCAAGAAACAUCGUUCAAGAUUAGUUUUAAUGUCAACGCAGUCUUUGGAUCAGCCUCGUCUUCUACUACUUACACCACCAAAUAUGAGAACUCCUUUUCAACAACAAAUGAGAAGUCGAUUUCAAACACCAACUCUUUCAGCAAGCAGUCGUCAAUAACCCUUGGACCCAUGCAAGCUGCCAAAUACAACGUGGUGCUCAACAAGAUCAGAACAACGGUGCCCUACACAGCUGUGGUCAUCACCAAAUUUUCCACAGAAUUUAAAGGCUUCCUACGGUGGAGCGAUGGUGACGGAAACUUUCACAGCAAGUUUACGUACAGCCACGACAGACCGGCCUUCAAUUACCUCUUUGGCGCCGAAACAACCCCGUUCUACAGUGCUCUUAAAAGACAAAGCGAUAGUCGCUCUGAGCCUUGGUUGUGGAAUUUAAUGCUCCAAAAGUAUCCCGACGCGAGACGUAUCAUUAACAGACUUACGGAUGAAACUCAGUACGAAUUUGCUUUGAAUGGAAGAUUGGAAUUUGUUGAAGGAACAGAUGCCAGCGUUGUCUGGGAAAAAGUGAACAUAACCAAACGUGAUGUCCUGGUCAAUGAUGAUACAACCAAAAGUACACAUCCAUACGUUGCUAAAUCUGGUCCUCUCGAUAAGCCAGCAGAGGUUCAGUAUCCGGAAGUUCAAAUAAGUAAUAAAGAGCCUGUUGCUGUAAGCGUUAUACCUGUCAACUAGUCUCGUUUGUUCCAAUACACAGGCUUUAAAGUCAUAAAUGGACACAAAAGUUAGCAUGCUAGUGUAAUGAAAUAGAUUAUUAGUUUUAAUGUUAUCAUGAUAUUUUAUU